AUGUAUCGGCAAAUACUAGUGCAUGACGACGACACAUGGAUGCAAUGCAUUCGGUAUCGAUUUAACAAAGGGGAAAAGAUAAAAACAUAUCGACUGAAGACUGUUACAUAUGGUGAAGGUGCCUCUUCUUUCCUAGCAUGCCGAGCACUGUUCCAAGUAGGAGAAGAGCAAAAGGAAACAAACGCAGAAAUAUACAACAUCAUUCAAAAAUCAUUCUAUGUGGAUAAUCUGCAGAUGGGAGCAGAAACCACAGAAAAACUCGUGGAUAUCAGAAGUAAGACUAAAGCCGCCUUAUUGCAGAGAGGAUUCCCUCUGAGAAAAUGGGCGUCCAACAGCAAAGACGUACUAUCCGGAAUUCCGAAGGAAUACUUGGAAUCCACAGUGCGCAUAGGCGAACGGGAAAUGGUGAAAACUUUGGGAUUGAAUUGGGCACCAGAGAAUGACACCUUCAUAUUUGAAGUGGUAGAGACACAUGACGCGAGAGCCGUCUCAAUGACUAAGAGGCGUUUGGCAUCAGAAGUCCUACGCCUUUACGAUCCUCUAGGAUUAAUGCAGCCUGUAAUUGUGGCAGCAAAAAUACGACUUCAACAAUUGUGA